AUGUCUACAUUUUCUAGUAUAGAUUACGAUAGUGCAGCGUAUAAUACAUAUCGUCCAACAUAUCCACAAAAAUUAUUCGAAAAUGUUUACAAUUAUCAUAAAUCACAUAAUGGAUCAUUUGAUGCAGCCUUAGACGUGGCGACCGGAACAGGUCAAGUGACUCAAGUAUUAGCUGAUUCAUUUAAAAAAGUUUGUGGCGUAGAUUCAUCAGCAACAAUGUUAGAAAAUGCAGUUAAAAAAUCAAAUAUUACAUAUUCGACCUCAAGUGCUGAAAAUCUCAAACGAUUUGAUGAUUCUUCAAUUGAUUUAUUAACUGUCGCUCAGGCUGCUCAUUGGUUUGAUUUACCUAAAUUUUUAGAGGGAUCUUAUCGUGUUCUUAAAUCACCAUUGUCAUCAUCAUCUGGUGGUGGUGGUACACUUGCAAUUUGGGGUUAUAGUUAUAAUAUUUUUGAUAAUUAUCCAACUGCUUCCGAAUUGUUGAUUGAUUAUUCUACAAACUUUAUGGAUGAUUAUUGGGAGAGAGGUAGAUUGGCACUUGAUAAUUUAUAUAGAGGAUUUGAGAUUCCUGAGCGUUUAUUUAAAAAUGUUAAAUUCGAGAUUUAUGAUGGAACUAAAAAGAGUGAACAAUAUCGUUUGAUGGAAGCUGAUUGGACAAUUUCUCAAUAUGAAAAAUAUUUAAAAACAUGGAGCUGUUAUAAGACAUUUUUAUUAAAAAACCCAAAUGUUGAGGAUCCAGUUAACAAAUUGAUAGCAAGGAUGAAAGAAGUAGAAGGUUGGGAAUCCAAUCAAUUAUUGAAGAUUUAUUGGCGUACAGCUCUUAUCUUGGCUGAAAAGAAUUAG